AUGUUGAUUCAAGCAAAGUUGAGCGGAAACGCAAGAACGUUGGCCAUCUGCGCUGGUCUCGCGCUGGCCAACAUAUUCUCGGGCUACGACACUGCGAGUGCUGCAGCCGUCAUUGCAGAUCAGUCCUUCCUCGAUGAGUUCCAGUUCGGCUCGUCCAUGAAGGGAGCUUUCGCAGCCCUGAUCAAUGUCGGAAAUUGCAUCGCGUAUCUCGGACCUCUCGUUCUCAUGGGUCGCUGGCUCGGUCGUCGAUGGACCAUGGUGACAGGCGCGUUUACGCUGAUGACUGGCGCUUCCUUGGUCGCAGGAGCACGUAACGAAGGAAUGCUGCUCGGCGGACGUGUGCUGUGUGGCAUGGGAGUCUCUCUAUGCCAAGGCACGUUUGCAGCAUGGACGAGCGAGAUCGCAGCACCAGAAAUCAGAGGCGCUGCCGUUGCCAUGGUUCAAGUCUCUUACCAAGUCGGCGUAUUUGUGGCUUUCUGGAUCUCUUUGGGCACAGCAAGCCUGCCUUCCGGCCUUUCAUGGAGGGUGCUUACUGCUAUCCAGAUGGGCUUUGGCAUCGCACUCGUGGUCGUCGCAUUGGUGGCGCCAGAGUCGCCCCGUCAGCUGCUCAAUCGAUCCAAAGAUCCGACCAACUUGCAGGACAGCAAAGUCAAACUCGCCCGUCAGAACCAUCUCAAUCUUCGACGGCUUCCGAGUGGCCAUACAGGGCUCGAAGGCGAGUGGACCGCAAUGCAGCUCGACGUGCUGGCUCAACGUUCUGCUGCCAUAUACGACUCGCCAUGGCAGCUGCUCAGACAGCGCAACGUUUGGCGCCGAAUCGCGCUAGGUGCAGGAUCAUGCAUCUUUGCUCAGCUUACGGGGGUUGCUGCACUAAUGCUGUACGGUAUCACGGUGUUCGAGUCGCUCGGUCUCGGAGGGAAGCAACUCAGUCUCAUCAUCAACGGUGUUGGUGGCUCGCUUCAACUGAUUGCAUGCUUUGCUCCGCUUUUCCUCACUGACCGAUGGGGUCGAAAGAAGAUAAUGCUGUUCGGCAUUGGCACCGCUUGGGUCGGCUACUUGUUCCUCGGCUGCCUCUUCGAGCGUUGGCCUCACGCAGAGAAUCACAAGGCUGCCAUCUGGAUGGUCAUCUGCAUCUUUGCCAUCCAGUGCGCGUAUGCAGGCGCUAUGGGAUCGGCCUGCAUCGUCAUCUCUGCGGAGAUCUGGCCCCAAGCAUUGCGAGACUUUGGUAUCUCGAUCAGCUUCCUCGGACUCUUCCUUGCCGUCAUCAUCGUCAACCAGCUGUGGCCAGUGUUGAGCGCUGCGCUCAGCUUCAGACUCUAUUGGCUCAUGAUGGGGGUCAACACCGUCACCUUUGUCACCGUGUGGCUCUUUUGGCCUGAGACCAAGCUUCUCAGCCUGGAGGCCAUGGACGAGGUCAUGGGCUCCAUCGCACCUCGAGCUUCCCUGGUUCAAUUGCCUCAAGAUUCUCUCCCAGACCUCGAAUCGAGCCCGAAGACACAAGAUCCUGUCGCGCCAAGUUCGCCGGACGAACCCAAGAGCUGA